CUCACUUGGCAAAGUUUCGGAAUGGCUACCCCUCGAAGCCUUAUAUCCAGAAUCGUAAUUUCUGUUAUAGGAAUUCUUGAAAAUGGGAAAAAUAAGUCUAUCCUUUCUCUUCUCAUGAAGAAUAGAACUUCGAAGGACAGUGAUUACAAAGAUACGCUUCACACACAUUUAGCGUGAGAGAUGUAUUUGGUCGAUAUCAACUCCAGUACUCAAGUGGUACUAUAUUUUAUCAACACCGGCGGGAUUUGAACUCAGAACGUAAAGAACUCUUGCUACAUAUCGUUCCACUUUCUAACAGUUCUUUAUACAUAUGCCGCAAAAAUCUCCCACCACCCAACAUUUAACAACCGGUGUUGCUUUACGUCCUCGUAACUUAGCGGUUCGGCCAGAAAGACCCGAUGGAAUGAGUACCAAACUUUAAAAUAAAUAUUGUAUAUUUGUUCGACUAAACCCUUCAAAUACCGUAAUCUCCACUCCCACCGCUUGACAAACGGUAUUGGUUUGUUAACAUUCUUGUAAAUUAGCGGUUCAGCGAUUUACAAUAAGUGUAAAUAAUCGAAUAAGUGGACAGACAAAAGCCUUUUGAGUGAGUUUGGUAAACGGAAACUAAAAGAAGUCUGAUGUAUGUAUGUAUGUUGAAAGCUCGGAUGGACCUAGUGCAGGCUCAACGGCUAUCUAGCAAUAGCACGGGUACGCAGAAAUUCCGGAAUGGUGUCCGGCGUGCUGAAAGACCACUGGGAGUGAGGCACCCCUCAGCUUUUGUUGAAGCAUGUCUGUAGGAGAAGGUUACUCUGAUGUAAAAUCAGAUAUGCAGGGAAUGGCAUUGGACGUUUUGGGGAUCUUUGGUUUGUGCUAGAGAUCACGGCGCUCCCACAUCCCUGAGCCUACUACUCAUAUUGGCACCAGUCAUCUUCCUCCGGCUUGUCUCUGGAUAAUGUCAAUAAAAUGGAGAGGGUCUAUGAGGUGUUGUGCAAGCCUUAUUGGGCAUAAAACUCUGCACAGGCAUUGCCGACCUCUGUUCGAUAUGUGCAUGCCCUCCCCACUAUAUAUGUAUGUAUGUAUGUUACUUUGUUUACGCCCUAUAAAUUAUUUGUUCAACAAAAGAGAUCAAUAGCGGAAGAAGCAGGCUUUAAAAAAUAAAUACUGGAGUUCGAUUUCGAUUAAAACCCUUCUAGGUGGUGCCCCAAUAUAGCCGCAGUCCAACGACUAAAAACAGUAUAAAAAUAGAUACUCAAUCUUUCUCUGAACAGAUGAUGUAUUAACACUAAUCAUUGCAUAAUGUAGUUAUCUGAGUGACCUCCCUUGUUCUGGACUAAACAUUGUAAUAUUGAAAUGUAAACUCGUGUUUGUCUUUCUGCUGCUUGGAAAUAAUCUCAAACGAAAAUUCGUUCUAUGAUAUAUAAAUACAAGGAAAAUGAAUUGCUUGAAAAAAACUGAAGACAAUCAGACUUAUUCAAAAAAGGUGCAUCCAGUAGAAACCAAACCAACUGGUGAGUUGAAGGCACCUGAUGGUGGUUGGGGCUGGUUUAUAGUUCUUGCCAGUGCUCUUACACAUGCCAUAAUCGGUGGUCAAGAACGGUCAGGUGGUAUUUUAUAUUUGGAGUUACUACGUAAGUUUAACAAAAGUUCAACAGAAACUGCCUGGGUAACCUCCUUAUCUGGUGCACUCCGAUUACUCUGUGGCCCAUUGGCUAGUUUCCUUGGCAGCAGAUUUUCUCUAAGAAAAGUCAGCUUUGUUGGUGGUAUAUUCUUAAGUUUAGGAUUUUUACUUGGAAGCUUUUCUGAUACCUUGAUGUGGUUUUUCUUUGCCUACAGCUUUUUAGGAGGUUUUGGUAAAUCCCUAAGCUACACAUCAUGUUUGGUUGCUGUUGGGAGAUACUUUGACAAACGCCGUGGAUUAGCUGUAGGACUUGCAACAGCUGGUGUUGGAAUUGGAAUGUUCAUAUUUCCGCCUUUAAUGGAAUGGCUUUUUGAAACUUAUGGAUUCUUUGGUGGUAUAUUGUUGAUGUCCGGAAUCUCUUUGAAUUUGUGUGUCUUCAGCAUGCUGUACCGUCCUCUACAUCAAAAUCGAUUAACUGUUAAAACAAGCUGGGAAACACCCUCACCACAAGUAGAUCAGGAACAUGUUGAACUUCUUCCUGCUACGACAAAAGCAAAUGAAUGUGAAACAGAAGACAGUAAUACAAAGAACAACCAGCUUCCUAAAACUGUAUUUUCACCAGCACCUGUAACACUAGGAGUGACACCAGAACGGCCAAACCGAGUGUCCAUUGCUCACUCUAUAAAUUAUGAACCAAUAACUAGUAGAAACAAUGGAUGCCUGCCUUCUUUAAAAAGAUUUCUAUUAGGAAAUAACAAAGCAGAAAAUAAACAACCCUUAUUUGACUGUACUUUGUUAAAAGACUUGCAUUUUGCUUUGUUUCUGUUCAGUAUUUGUUUGCAGACCCUUGCUUUUCAAUCUGUCUCUAUUUUCAUCCCACCACUUGCUAAACAAAAAGGUGUAAAUAAGAUGAAUGCUGCCUUUCUCAUAUCUAUCUUAGGAAUUACUGACAUUAUCAGCCGAAUAGGCAUAAGUAGUGUUUUGGACUUGAAAUAUAUCAAACCAUAUCGCAGGUAUUGCUACACUCUGAUAUGUUUCUUAAAUAGCCUUCUUAUUUUCCUUUAUCCCUUGGCAUUUGAAUAUUCAGAAUUUAUUGCCAUUACUGCAGCAUAUGGUUUUAUGAGUGGUGCAUUUAUAUCCCAGAAAUCUGUCAUAAUUGUUGAUCUAUUAGGUGCUGAAAAAUUAUCAAGUUCGUUUGGAUGGACAAAUUGUUUCCAAGGACUUGGUGCCUUAAUUGGGCCGCCAUUAGAAGGUAAACUAAAAGACAUCUUUGUCUUAUAUGAUUAUACAUUUUACUUCUCCUCUGCUGUAAUUUUCGCUGGCGCUAGUCUUUUAUUGGCAAGCAAUAUCAUAUACUAUUAUCGAUUAAAGCAAGCAUCUGCAACCACGAAAGAGGAUUCCUAAUAGCAGUAAUAGUAAAUGUUCCAUUUUAUCGAAACUGUUCAUUUUAACCAUAGGCUUUGAGGAAGCUAUUAGAUGAUGCACAAGCACUCAACUCUGAGUGCACAACAUCUUGUAGCAGAAACAGAUGUAACCUAAUGAAGUUGAUUACAUAAUUCCUGUCCCCCUGUCAUAUAUUUAAUUUCAUAAAGCGACUGAUAUACUUUAUUGUUUAAAAAAAUGUUGUGUGAACAGUAUUACAGUAUAUUGUAGUACAUUUUGUUACCCCGUAAUUACCAACAUUACUAUUUUCCCUUUUAAAUACAGCCACUGGUCUGUUUCAUGAUGUACAUAUGAUGAACAAGAGAAUUCUGUGCCUUAUAAAAAAUAUGUAUUUAUUUAGUCAUUUUGUAAUGUCCAGUUUUGUUACAAAGCUCCACAUUCUAUUUAAGUCUGUUUUGUUUUUCUUUUAUACAUUCAAACAUAAGAAAUAUCUUUAAUGUGUUUAAUCUAAAAACAAAAAAACUAUCAAGUUUUUUUUUUAAUUUUAUUUUUAUUUACUAUUUUAUUCCAUGCAGAAAAACUUAUUUAUAUCAUUUCUAAACAUCCUGCUACCAUAAAAAGUAAUAAUUGCAUGUGUUUAUUAUUACUGGCAUAAUGCCCCUCCCAAGGUUCAAUAUUAUUAUGUUCUGUUGUUUUUUAAUGGUUUUUUUUUUGUUGUUUUGUCUGUUAUACAAAAUUAGUCCAUCAAUUAUGACUCCAUUUAUAUGUGUGUGUGUGUGUGUAUGUGUUUAUUGGAGUCCACUCUGUUGCAAGCAUUCAGGCCAGGUCCUGGUUUGAAGAUAUCUCCAUCCCAUCCUCCUACCUGGAAGCCCUGUAAAGAAUCCUGGACACUGUCAUCUCUCUUGACUAAAGAUAAAGAAAAAAAAUCCAAUAGAUACAGUUACAUACUCAGCCCUGCAUUGUGAAAAUAUGACAUUUUUGGUUUGAUUUUAUAACCAGUGAUGAAAUAACCUUUUGCAGUGGUUCUUGAAUGAACAAAUACCAAAUACUCACUCAACUCCCUGACACCAAAUAUUAGUGAAUUCUUUUUUUAUUGUUUUUGUCUCCCACUCUAUAUCAAUGAAAGUGAAGGCACAUGGCUUAGUGGUUAGGGGCAUUUGGCUCAUGAUCGUAAGGUCAUGAGUUCAAUUCUCAGCAGUGCACUGUAUCCUUGAGCAAGACACUUUAUUUCAUGUUGCACCAGUCCACUCAGCUGACAAAAAUGAGUAGUACCUGUAUUUCAAAGGACCAUGCUGAAUCUCCCGGAGAGCUAUGUUAAGGGUUACAUGUGUCUGUGGAGUGCUCAGCCACUUGCACAUUAGUUUCACAAGAAGGCUGUUCCAUUGAUCAGAUUAGCUGGAACCCUCGUUGUCAUAAUCAAUGGAGUGCCAGUUUAUAUCAAUGAAAAAGCAAAAGAAUUUGCAUCCACAUAUAUUUUCUUCCUUUGCCAUGAUGCUGGACAAGUUUCAUAAAAAGUUUAAAAACAACUGUAUCUUUACUAAAUAUGGCAAUUUACCUGCUCCCAUCUCUAUGGAAAAACAUUGGUCUAUUGCAGGGGUUUUCAAACUUUUUGACUUGUGGACCCCUUUAUAUUUCAGGUUUUACCUUAGGGACCUCCUUAUAAACACUUAUGAAAUUUAUACAUAAAUAUUUGCUUAAAAUAACAUUUUUACAUUUAUUUAUUUAACAGUAUUUAACAAAUAGGUCUAUUGUCAAUUAAAAGAUUUCAAUUAAAAAACACAUAUAAAAUCAAAUUGCCCAUAAAAAGUAUUUGCUGUCCACGGACCCCCGUCUUGUCCUUGUGGACCCCCUGUGGUCUGCAGACCACAGUUUGAAAACCCCUGGUCUAUUGGAUCCUUAUGUUUGACUACAAUCUGAAAUUUGUAAUUUACACUUAUUUUGUUAUUAUUUUUUAGCUCCAAGUAAAACUUUGAAUGAACAAACUUAUGAUCAAAGGCAUUCCAGCCAUAACCAUCCUGACUCUCUUUUUAGAAAUACAUCUAAAAAUAUGUUACUCAAUGUCCCCUUCUUUUUUUUAAACCCUUUUGUUACCAACCCAUCUAACACUGCUUCUGAUUCUACGAUACAAACUUCUUUUUUUUUUUAAUUUUCCAAGUUAAAAUCUUCCAUCAAAAUUCGUUCCAAACAUCAACUUAAUAAUUACAAAGUAUUUUACUAACUUCUUUAUUAUUUUCAAAUUUCAUUGAAACAAAGGUGGUGUAUUCCAACAGAAGUAUGGUAACAAAAGGGUUAUGACAGUAGGUUGUGAUUUAAUGGAAAUAUGGAUGCUAUUUUUAGUAGGUCAGGUGCCCCUUACUCCCAUAAAGGUACUCCCAUUGGUUUACCUUUAUUGUUCCACUUUUGUGGUGCUUAGUUCCAGAUAUUGAUUCCAAUUGACCAAAAUCCUGUCAACAUAUCUUGAUAUCUAUUUAACAUAUCUUUAUAGCUCUAAAAAUAUUUUGUAAUUUUACAGGAGUCAAAAGAUUUAAAUAGGUGAACCCUGAAAAUAUAGCAUGUGAAUACAAGAAAAUAAAAUAUAGGCACAAGAAAUCACUGUUACUUUUUUUAGGGUCCUUCUGAGAAAGUUCUGUAUAGAAACUGUAAUAUGUCUGCUAAUACUACAUUGAAAUUGUAAACAUUGUUAUGACUCUAGGCACUUGUGUUUUAUUCAUUUUUUUUUUUAUUAUGCAUACGUAUUGUUAUUGUCUUUCAAUAUAAGAUAGGCAAUUUUCAUUUGGAUUUUAAAACUUCUUUGAUUUUCAAAACGUAUAUUUUGUCAUGCAGAUGUUACAUUAUGGAAAUAAAAUAUUUUCUGUAUAAAAUAUUGAAA